AUAGAGUCAGACAGGUGAGCGGGAGUCUCGCGCAUUCUCGACGCGUGUUUUCAGUUCCACAGAUCAUCAGAAAAGACUCUUUAGACAUCGGUCAAAUACCUCGAAUGUGCAAUGCCAAAAAGUGACAGCUGGCCAAGGGGCAUUUCCAAGGAACCUGUGUCUGGUAUGAACAGCACAGGGAGCUGUGAUAGCAUGGUCAGCAUCAACUCUUACUUUAGUGACGACAGUCUGGAUCAUCUCUCUGCCGAGGAGAAAGCAUGUGUUAUGUUCCUGGAUGAGACCAUUGAAUCUUUGGAUGUGGAUGAUGACAGCGGACUGUCUAAUGAUGAGCCCGAUCGCCCCUCUUAUGAUAUAGCGGGGAAAAUAGCUCAGUACCCUUCUGUCUACAACAACAAACCUGAGGCCCAUGAGGAUCCAAAUAAAAUCUUAGGAAGGAGUCACAGACCAUCUGCAAAAUACCUUGUUCCAACUCCGUUACUCGUUGCCGGUGGAAAUGCCAAACUGGAGAGCAGACCAAGUAAAUUUUCACCCAAAGACAAACCUGCCGUGUUUAUCGAUGGCUUCAGGUCAGCCUCUGACCAUCAACAAACACCACUGGCGGCUUUAAAAAGAUCAGAAUUAUCACAAUCAGUAAAUGCUAAACACAGCACUGGACUAUCGAGAGAAGUGGAUGACCUGCCGCCUUCUUUCAUUCCUGAACCUCCGGUUAGAUCUCAUGCGUCCAGUAACAGUCCUAAAAGUUUAGACCCUAAGAAGCAACAGAAGGUCUCCUCAGAGAUGAGCUGGAUUCCUCCUCCUUCAAAUUUCAUGGACGAAACAGAUAAAGCUGCUCCACGUUAUUCAGCACCACCUCCAACUGUGGUUGAUGAACUGCCGGAAUGGACUCCUGAACUUCCAAAUCCUGCCAAGCCAGCAGAGGUGAACAAAUCAAAAUGUAUAGAUCCAGCACCAUCAAGACAAUCACUGUCCAAAAAUGACAUUGAAAACUUGCGGCUGAAAGCUUUGAUGAAGAAAACACCUCUGACGCCGGUAAUGAUCGUGCAGCAUUCUGGAGCAGACAUGCCAAGAACACCUUCACCAUCUUCUGAACAGGUACCAGCUGUUCUAAAAGAAUACAAGGACCCCAAAACCCCUCCGCCUGUGGCACCCAAACACAAACUUCCUUCUAAUAUCAUCCUCAAAAGCCACAAAGAACCAGGGGCUGCACACUUGCUCCUGUCGCCGAUCGAUCGCACUCCGUUGGAUCAGCAGAAGAUACGAAUGGAGGCAUUGAGAAAAUUAGGCCUGUUAAAGAACGACAACGUCGAUUCAGGGUCCAGUGUCUCUCCUUCUGUAUCACCGACAUUCAAAUCUAAAGAUCUGAGUCCAGUGUCCCCUCACGGCCCAUCUGUGCACUUAACAUCACAUACUCUGGAACCGCCACCGGACCAGUCGAGAUUUACAGGAUGGCCUGUAACAGGAGAUACACAACUGCCGAUAGACACAAGACACAGAGAAGUGGCAAGUAGAGAAAGCUUUUUGAAGAAGCCACUGCCUCGGCCCAAUGAGAUGAAAUCGUCUUCGCUGGGAAGGUCGGGUGUCGGUCUUAGCAGCAUCGUUGUGGAACCAAGAACAUCGAAGACAAAUCUGGACACCACCAAUGUUGAGCUAUCACCCGGACAGUCUGGGAAAAGCCGAGCUCGACCUCUUUCUGUGGAAAGCGCCAAGGACUUGAGUUUGGGACAUCCGGAGGUCGAUUUCAACAAAUCGUUUCAUUCCAAUUCGGUUUUGCCCGCACACACAGGUGGUGAUGCCCAAAAGUUGCCCCGAUCGAAUGGAAUAAGUGUGGUUAUUACCCCUCACGGGAGUAACGGAGGAAGCAGACGUGAAGCGCUGAAGAAACUGGGAUUACUGAAGGAUGGUGGCGGUCACUGAUUGUCUUUUUCAGAUUUUGGGGGGUAUGAGGAUUGUUAUCAAAGACACUAAAAAUACUGAAGAAAUACUUUUAUAAUAUAAGCAUUGAAAUGAUGCUGGAUCUUAGAAGAACUCCUGUAGUUCAGUUUAUUUCUUCAUCAUCACUUGUUGCACUUUUGGUUCUGGCUUCAUGGUCGAUUUGCAUCUCUAGAUUACGUGUUAAAUUCAAUUCAAUUAUUUAAAUAUAUAUAAAUAUAUGCACUUUUUUGUGAAUUGAUGAUGGCAAAGCAUUACAAUGUUAUCUUUAUGAGAACGCUUUGGCUUAAAGAUAGUUUGUAGUAUAUGCCACUCAAAAAUACAAUCACACAGGAUUGCAUUAUUCAUGCAUCUUUUAGGGCAUUGGUUUGUCUAAAAUCGUAUCUCUCCUGUGUUUAUUUCUUUAUUAAAACGUUUUCAAAUGAUGCAUCUGGCGCCAUUUAACAAAGUUAUUCUUGUUAAUGAAUGUACGGCAGUGUUGUACUCGAUUUCAUUUGAUCUUGGCCUGUCUUGGUCUCAGACCUAAAGAAAUCUGGAUUUUAUAUCAGAUCGGACAAGACCACAAUUGCAGGAACAUCAGUAAAUUUCUGGUGCAAUGUCUGAUCUGUUGGAUGUAAAACUCUCUGCUUUAAAUGCAAGCAAAAAUGCAUUUGUAAUUAGAUUUCGUAUGUUACUUUUGUGCCAGUAAUGGAUGAAGUGGAGUUUGUCAAGAAAUCAAUAGAAAUGCCCACAAAAUCGAAGAUAUGUUGCAAUAUAACUGUAUGAGAUCUUGUUUAUUUAUCUGUAUUACAUAUAAUAUAUAUUUACAUUGUUUUAAAUGCAAAAUGAUUUUUUUUAAAGAGUGAAAACUCUUGUUUGUAGUUCACACUCUCAAUAUUGUUAUAUAUAUAUAUAUAUAUAUAUUAUUACUUUCAAUCUCCUAUUAUUGUUUCAUUAAAAGAGUUUAUGUAUUUCAUUAUAUGUUGGGUAUCUACAGGUUUUUUGAGUGUUAUGUAGAUCUUUUAGAUGUAUUAUAGGAGUGUUGGUCUUGGUCUUGACUUUGUCUCGUCUGCAUUGGUCUUGUCUCGGUCUAGAUGGUCUUCGCUACACUACACUAAUGUACAGUUCAUAAAUUGUAAGAUAAGUCAAGAAUUAAAUACUUGUAAAUCUGUAACAAUUAUUUUGAUUAAGAUUUGGACUCAUUGUUCACAUAAUCUGAAACGUUAUUCUGAAAUUUUGAAGGACUUCAAUAAAAUCUGUUAAUGUAA